UGUUUUGAGUUGGUGGAGGCUCACCUCCCCGACAGAGUCAUGCGACAGUUCGGCCUUUGUCAAGCCAUCCCCGCCCCGUGUGACACGAGUGUCCAGUUGCACAGGACAGACCGACGAGGAAAGGGGGAGGUUAACUGGGCAAUUCAGCAUGCCCCUUACAUUGACAUGUGGGACCAGCGGCUGCAGCACGUCGCGGAUGGUGCGCCUGUCCAAGGCCUGAUGGAGUAUCACGAUCCAUACAUGGUAUGGUACAGGAGCAUUACCCGACGCUUCAUCAACCCUAACUACACCCCACCCUCAACGCAUUACCACCCAGCUUUUGGAGACAUCAGUGGAUAUGCGUCUGAUAUGCUUGCUAUACAUGAUGCACUAGAAGUCUUGAGCAUAUCAUAUCCCACCAUACCGCAGUUGGAUGACAUUCACGCAAUUGAGUAGCUUACAGAGACAUGGUCAUGGCCAUCUUAUCCCCCAGGGCCGGGACCAAUCACACCGCCGUUCACACCGUGAGGUAGGCAGCAGUAGUAGGGGACAGACUCACACGUCCCCUACAGGGUCCCCCCUGUUUUUUGAUGAUCAGGAAGAUAUCGCCAUCCACAUGUCUG